AUGGCGCACCUUCAGCAGCAGCUCAAAAACUUCAACGCGGGUGUCAUGGACUAUGCAAAGUCCAUGCCGGCCCAGCGACGAUUCGUUCACAAUCCCUCCACAACCACUUCCCAAGCCCCGUCCGCAAGUUCGACUCCCGCCCCUGGCGGUAAUAUUGAUCAGAAGAAAAAGCGCCACGAUGCGGACAUCGUCUAUUCCCAGCCUGCCAAUACCGGCACGGGCAAAGAUAUCAUGACGCAGGUCGUCUUUGCUAUCGAGCACAUGAAGAACAAGGGUGUUCCGCUUACGUUUGUCGAUAUCGUCUCCUACCUUUCGCUGCAGCAUCGGGCAAAUGAUCAGGGAUAUAUUCAGGCACUGCGGAGUAUCCUUCAAAUGCACGAAAAGGUGCAAUUCGAUCCCAGCGGAGCGAAUGGAGAGGGCACAUUCAGCUUCCGUCCGCCGCACAAUAUCCGAAAUGCUGAGCAGCUACUCCAGAAAUUGCAGGCACAAUCUACGGGAGUUGGAAUGAGCGUUCGAGAACUCCGAGAGGGCUGGCCGAAUGUCGAGGACGCGAUCAACCAGUUGGAGAAGGAGGGCAAGCUGCUCGUGACGCGGAACAAAAAGGAUGACCACGCAAAGAUGGUGUGGGCCAACGAUCCUUCGCUUAUUCAACACUUCGACGACGAGUUCAAGCAGAUCUGGGAGAAGAUCAAGAUUCCCGAACAGCAGGUCGUCAAGGAGGAACUGGAGAAAGCUGGUAUCACUCCGACCAACAAGAAUAAGGUCAUCAAACCGCGGCCCAAGGUUGAGCACAAGAAGGUGAAGAAGCCUCGUCGCAGCGGCAAGACUACAAACACUCACAUGAUGGGCGUCCUGCGCGACUACUCGCACCUCAAGCGGUAG